AUGGCUGAGGACAGAGUGCCAUCUGUUUUGGGUCUUUCAGGGAUCCCAAUAAUCAAUGUCAACAAUAACUGCUCUACCGGCUCCACUGCGCUGUUUAUGGCCCGUCAGCUCAUUCAGGGAGGUUUGGCUGAUUGUGUUCUUGCCUUGGGCUUUGAGAAGAUGGAAAGAGGUUCACUCUCGUCAAAGUACAUGGACAGAACCAACCCUAUGGAGAAACACAUGGAGGCGAUGAUCAACCGUUAUGGGAUGGCGGCGGCACCAGCUGCACCUCAGAUGUUUGGCAAUGCUGGAAGAGAACACAUGGAGAAGUACGGCACAAAACCAGAGCAUUUUGCCAAAAUAGCUUGGAAGAACCACAAGCAUUCCACCAAUAAUCCAUAUUCUCAGUUCUGGGAUGAAUAUAGUCUGGAGCAGGUCAUUAACUCCAGGAAGGUCUUUGAGCUCCUUACACUCUUACAGUGUUGCCCAAAGUCUGAUGGGGCAGGAGCUGCGGUUCUGGUCAGUGAGAAGUUUGUAAGGAGGAACGGAUUGGAGAAAAAGGCUGUGGAGAUCAUCGCUCAGGAAAUGGUCACAGACCUCACCAGUACUUUCGAGGAAAACCGCUGUAUGAAAAUGGUUGGUUAUGACAUGACCCGUCUUGCAUCUCAGAGGUGCUUUGACGCUUCUGGUCUGAAGCCAACAGAUGUUGACGUCAUCGAGCUGCACGACUGCUUCUAUGCCAAUGAGCUCAUCACCUAUGAAACUCUGGGACUGUGUCCCGAGGGUAAAGCCGGUGAGCUGAUCGAUCGGGGUGAUAAUACAUAUGGUGGCAAAUGGGUGAUAAACCCUAGUGGAGGACUCAUCUCAAAAGGACACCCGCUUGGAGCUACAGGUCUGGCUCAGUGUGCAGAGCUGUGCUGGCAGCUGAGGGGGGAGGCGGGGCCUCGGCAGGUCCCCGGGGCAAAGGUCGCCCUGCAGCACAACAUCGGUCUUGGUGGAGCGGUGGUCGUCACUCUCUACAGGAUGGGCUUUCCUCAAGAAACAAGGUAUGUUUAAAGCUAAA